AUGGCAGAUAUUGGAGGAAAAGUUUAUUUUGUAAGUGGAGCUAGUGGAGGGAUUGGGUUAGAGAUGGUUAUUCAAUUAUUAGGACAAGGUAUGAGGGUUGCAGCAACUAGUAGAGAUAAAAAGAAAUUAAUUCAAGUUUUAAAAGAGAGGGAUAAUAGUUUGAUUAGAGAUGAUAAUUUCAUUGCAGUUGAAAUGGAUUUAAGUUCAGAACAUUCAAUAAAGAAAGCAAUCUCUGAAUGUAUUGAAAAAUUUAAGACAAUUUAUUGUGUUAUCAAUAACAGUGGAUAUGCAAUCAAAGGUACAAUUGAAGAACUAAGUUUAAAAGAGAUUCAAGAGAAUUUCAACAUCAAUUGUUUCGGACCAAUGAUGGUGAUUCAUCAUUUCAUGCCACAUCUUAAAUGUAAACCAUAUAGUGAUCCAAGAAUCAUCAAUGUAUCAUCAGUAGUUGGAUUUAACGGUGAUUUAAUGAACCGAUUUCCAUGUUAUGUCUCAAGUAAAUUUGCAUUGGACGGAUUCACUGAAUCAAUUUCAAAUGACUUGAAAAAGUAUGAUAUCAAAUGUACAACGGUCAAACCUGGUUAUUUUAUAACACCAUUCAAUGAUCAUAUCAUUCAUUCAAAGGGUGAACAACCAUUAACAGAUCAUGAAAAAGAAAUUCUUGAAAAAUAUAAUGCAACAAAACCAAAAAAUAAUGGUAGUGACCCAAUUAAAGGUGCAAGAGCUAUCGUUGAAAUAUCUUUAAAUCCAGAACCACCAUUACAUUUAUUCUUAGGAAGUGAUUCAUUAAGACAUGCUGAUUCAAAAAUUCAAAAAGUUCAAUCUGAUAUUAAUAAAUGGAUUGAAUUAACAAAAUCAACUGAUAAUUAA